AUGGUAUCCGAAAAAAUAUUGAUUACCACUGAGCUUUCAAUUUUUUUUCUCCUUUUCUCAUUGGCUUUCUUUCUGUUUCUGUCUCUGUCUUCAUUUCUCUCUGUCACUGUCUGUGUUUCUGUCUUUGUUCUCUCAGUCUCUCCGCCAGCUUCUAUCAGUCUUUCUGGUUGUCUCUUUUACUUUCUUCAAAUCCCUGUCUCUUUCUUUGUUUCAAUAUCUGGCAUUGUUCUGUCACAGUCUCUGCCAGUUUCUAUCAGUCCUGUUUCGAUUGCUUUCUGUUUCGAUUCCUGUCUUUGUUCUAUUAUAGUCUCUGCCAGAGUCUGUCAGCCCUUCCGUUUCUGUCUUACUUUCUCCUUUGAUUUCUCCUUUUGGGUGAGUCACGUUUCUAUCAGCCUUUCUAUUUCUCUCUCUCUCUCUCCCUCUCUCUCUCUCUCUCUCUCUCUCUCUCUAUCUAUCUAUCUAUCUAUCUAUCUAUCUAUCUCACUCUCUUUCGAGUUUUUCUGUCAGUUUUUCUGUUUCUGCCUCUGUCUGCCUGUGUUUUUCGUUUUCUCUAUUUAUUCUGACACGCAGUUUCUGUAUUUGUUUUGGCAUUGUUUCUGGCAGUUCUUCUGUUUCUGUUUCUCUCGAUUUCUAUCUUUCUUUUCUCUACCUCUGGCUGUUACUUUAAGGACUACUUUUCCUCAAUCACCCCCUCUCUCUCUCUCUCUCUCUCUCUCUCUCUGUGUCUCAUUUCAUUUACUCCCUCUAUUUCUCUCUAUUUCAGUUUCCGCCCUUGUUCUGGAGCUCACUCUCUGUUACUGUAGGUCCCACUGUUUGCGUUAUUUUCUGUUUCGAUUUCUAUCUUCUCUGUUUCUUCCUGUUUCUGUCAGUCUCUCUUUCUUUCUUUCUCUUUCUCUCCCUCUCUCUCUCGCUCUCUCUAUCCCUCUCUUUCUCUUUCCAUUUUUGGCCAGUAUCUCUGUUUCUAUCUUUGAACUUCUCUUCUAUUUUUCUCCCCUUCAUUCUCUUACUAUUUCUGUUUCGUUUUGCUUCCGUUUCUGCCUAUGA